GCCAUCCAUGAAAAUUUGACAGUUCAGUUGUUAUCACUCCUAACAAUCAAAUUAUCUCAAGAUAGUCCGUAGAAUAAGGGAAAAUGUCGUCUUUCCCAGUUGUGUUAAAUGUAUACGAUAUGGUAAGAAAGAAUCGUUUUUUAUUAUUAAAUAGGCCUCGACAGUUAUGUUUAAAAUGGAAGGAGGAAGAGGAAGUUGUUGUAAAUUACAAGCCAGCUUUAAAAUAUUUACCCGCAAUUUACAGUCUUUAUUAUUUAAAUCUUUCAGUAUUGGAUAAAUCACUACACCUUUCCUGUCGGUCUUGGGGUUUUUCAUUCAGGAGUAGUUGUUCAUGGGAAAGGUUAGUUGAAGUCUUACAAAUAACCUCAACUGGAUAGGUAUGUAUGUCAUGUGUGACAUUGUUCAUGAACAGCUGCUGGCAUGGUGCAUUCCGGCAUGGUACAUUGUAAUUGUGUAUAUUAUUGUGAUUAUUGUUUUUAAAAAACUUCCUUUGUUCUUUAAUAGUCUUAAUUUCGAAAAUAUGAGUUAUGCUUUGUUCUAGCUUGUGGUGCAAAAGGUUUUACGUUCAACACCGUUCGGUAAUUCCGAUCCCAUUUUUUAAUACAGAUAAAACAGUAGGUGGAUCGAUCAUAUAUAUUUUUUUAUUUUUGAGCUGGUGAAAUUUAUCGGCCUAAGCUUUGCUCUAGCUGGUCUUGUGAACGAUUUUUUCCAAAUAUAGUUCUGUUUUCUAAGCUUUUGUGGCUUUUAUUAAGUGUAAUUAUUCUAAGGAAACCUUUGUUUUUGUCUGUAUAAAUAUUGUGGUAUUCUUCUCAGAAUUAAGCAGAGAUGCUGUAAAACAUUAAAUGAGAGGGAGAGCUAUUAUAUUAAGCAAGGAUGUAGUCUUAGAGAAUAGCAAUAAUAAUUCUAGGGACCCCAGUAGCACAGUUUUAAACAAAGAUCGACUGAAAUCUAAUGCAAUGACUUUAUAACUUGCACUCUUAGCUUCACAGCUCAGGGUCAUGUGAGAGACCAUCUGUCAAAAAUGUGGUCUAUAACCCUCAAAAUAUCAGAAUUGAAAAGGGCAAUACAAAACGUACAGUGCGUCAGACAAUUCUCAGAUUUCAAACUGAAAACAGUGCCAUUUUAUUGUGCUUUGAGUAUUAAGAAAAAGUGAAGAAUAUGCUCCAAGUUGCAAAAUCUCUGAUCUGCAUGUCAUAAUUAAUGGCCACCCUAGCAUUUUUUUCAUAAAGUCACUUACAACUUUGCAAACAUUAAAAUAACUUGCAUCACCACUAAAUAAAAUUUGGCUUUUCUGCUAAUUAUCUCAUGCUUACUCCUUCUCUCAGGUAUUGUUGAAGUUGUGUCCACCAUUGGCUGGUCAUGUGCUAUAAAACUAUAAAGGUUCCAUUGAAAAUCCAGAAUGUAGUAACUUUCAGUGUUUAUUCCCCAAUACAUGCAAUCAGUAGGUGGGGAAAUGAACACCUAGGAAGUUUUUUUGGUUCUAUUUUCCUUUUGAAAAUAAACAGGGGUUUUGCUUAUUAGUCUCAACAUCCUCUCACAAGCAACCACUUAUCCAAAUACCAGAAUUGAUGUUAUCCAAGUCAAAGCACUUAAAAUAGUUAAAAUCACGGCAAAUCUUGACAUUUUGGGCAGUUUGCCUACUAGAAGUUUAAACUGAGAGUGUAGUUAUGUCUUCCUAAUACCCAUAUUGGCUUGAAGGACGGACUGUAAACCUCAUAUAAACCUGGACUACUUGCUUAGCUAGCCUCAGUUUAAGCCAUUGAUUAUUUUGCAGACAUUGCUUGACCAUUGUUUUUGUUCUGCAGAGUAUGCAUUUGGUGGUCAUUCUUAUAACUGGUCAGGGAUAUUUGACAUGACACCAAAAGCUGUUGACACACUGGGAGAGGAUUUCAAAUUUAGGUUUGUUAAGACCCAUCACAACCAGUCUACACUUUUGGUAUUUCUCUCCUCCUAAACAUCUAUAAUAUGCAGACAUCAUGCAGUCCUCCAUGAAAAGAACAUGAUCUAAAAUUUGAGGCUACCAUUGAUCAGUCAUUUCCUUUGACUCCCAAGGCAGAUAUCUUAAUUAAGGCUUCAUGACAGUGAGCAAAACUUUUUUGGAAAUUUUUUUAGGAUUGUAGGAUUAGAUGGAAGGAAGUACUUGCAGAUGGAACCAGAUUUUCAUGGACUAAUUUUUGGGUCAAACUUCACAUGGCUUUUUUGCCUGUUUCUCUGGCCUUCUUGAUUAAAUCAUGCUCAUUUUGGUAUGGUUUGAAAGAUCCCUUCCCAAUGCACAAGUUAGGUAUUGACAGUGUUGUCCUUCACCAAAAAGGGACAUGUAAGGAGAUCCCCACAUGCAGUGAUCAGCAAUUCAGGGACGAAUGGGUCAAUGUGUUUAUCAGUUUUAGCAGAAACUGGACUGAGUUUAUUCAUUUAUUAUCAAAAUAGGGAAACCAUUACAAUUGGAACAACAAGCCUUUUACCCAAAGAAGUGGAAGAUCUUGUGAGAAGUAUGGGAUUAGAUUAUACAGGAUGCUCUUAUCAUCUAAUUGACAGGUAUAUUUUACAUGUACAGUUGAACCCCGAUUACUCCAAACUUUAAGGGAAAUCAAAAAAAUUUCAAGUGAUUGGGAGUUUGAUCAACAAAUAACCAGAAGAAAGGAAAUAGAAUGGAGGAGGAAUGCAAGUAUCAUGCACACUUCACUACAGGGGCAGCAAGAAAAAUAUUGCUGUUGUGAUUUCAAAAGGAAUUAAAAAAACAAAGCUUGAUUAAUCGGUAAAGAACUAAACAUUGUAUUAAAUUGGACUAAGAAAAAAGUAAAGACAAAGAAUACAUGGUUGUUUUAAAAUAAAUUUAAUGUAUGAACUGGAAUACACUGCUUUUUUUGCCUUAUCACACACUUAAAACCAUGGUUCAAGUACAUUAUUGAGGGUAAAAUUGUAUAGAUUGAAAUGAUCUGAAGGGAAACAAAAGUAACUUUGAGUUAGUAGGAGGUUCAAGUUACAUAGGGUAAAAUUACAGUAAAUGUAUGAAGGAAAUCCAGGGGAAAUCAACUUUGAUUCAAGUUACUGCGAGGUUCGAGUUCGCAAUGGUUUGAGUUUACCGGGAGUCAACUCCCCAUUUUAAGUAUUUUUAGAAGAUGCAAAAUAAUGCAACCAACUUUUAACAUUCUUUGAAUAACACAUAUUUGUUAUCCUUUUUAGGAACUGUAACCAUUUUACAUCAGAACUUUGUCAGGUUAGUAAAAUUUUCUUUCCCCCCCCCUCCCCCCUCACCCCACUUAAGCUGUGACAAAUCAUGUAUUCUAUCUCUUCUCAUUCCUUCCUGUCGUCAUAGGUACUUUAUAGUGUAGCACUUUUGUACAUCAAUAAGUCGUUAUUGCUAAAAUUAUUUUCUUUUUUUGGUAUUAUUUGUAGGUCCUUUGUAACAAGUCAAUUCCUGGAUGGGUGAACCGACUAGCCUCUGUCAGUUCAUAUUUACCAUUUCUACUUAAAUGUCUUCCCAAAGAGUGGAUCAGUCCAGAGCCAUAUCCUCCAAGUAGCCCAGGCUUUGUUUCGCAUCCAAUCUUUCAAGGUAACAAAUACCAAAUGAUCAAAGUUUACUUUUUUCGGUAAAUUAUAAGCACAAAAGUCAGAUUGCACCCAGAUGAACUUUUGACUGAUAUUGAAUUUCCAGGAUAUUGUAAAUUGUAAAAUUGUAAUAAAAAAAGGUGUAAUUUGUUUACCCGUGAAGCACUUAGGAGUUCUUGAGAACUCGUUGAAAUGUGUCAGUUCGUUCCAGAUUGAAUUGGAAUUUGAAAGUGUUGGUUUUUUGAGGAGAGGGGAAAACCGGAGUACACAAAGAAAAACAUCUCCGAACAAGGGAGAGAACCAGCGACGAACUUAACCCACAUAUGGCAUCGAUGCCAGUUAUUAUAAAACUAUGCAAACUGUCUGGAUUUAUGUGGGAGUCUCCAUAGAUACAGCACAAAUCUCCUGGUCUCCUUCAUAAGUCCCCAUUAAUUUCCAAUUAUUUUGUCAUAACAGUCAUGGAAGCAACUGCUGUAGGUACAUAGGGCCUUUCCGCACUAGCAGACAAAAUCGGAAUUGUCUUUGAAACAUCUAAACCAAAAAUUUUAUGGUGACAAUUUUUGUCUUAAAUAAUUAAAUUUAUCUUCACGGGCUGUUACAUCUGCCAGUUCACUUGCAUUUGUUUGGAAAGAAUAACGGCUUUAUAACAAAUAAUUGACGAGGAAAUCACAUUUUUGUUUUUUUCAGUUGAUUUUGUCCACCAUGCAGUUUAAUUUUUACCCUCCCAUCUUGGACAAAAUUUGUAAAAUCAGGACAAACCAUCUGCAUUUGUUAAGCAGUGGUGAUGACAGGAAAUUUGUAUUUUUAAUAAACAGCUUUUUCGCUCGUGCGGAUAGGCCCAUAAAGAUACAUAUAGAUUUGUGUGUUUUGGGGGCCAGGGGCCCGUUUCUCGAAAGUCCCGAUAAUUAACGGGCCCGGUAAGCUGUCUCCGUUUAUAUUAAAGAUUGAGGUUUCAAUAGUUUUGCAUCGAACAUGAUAAAACUGUCACUUAAUGAAACAAAAUGGAGUAGUUUGGUUGCCAGGACCCGCGCUCUUACUCUUUACAUUUCGAUUUGAAUAUUAUUUUGAUUUUGGGCCCGAAAAGUUAACGGGACUUUCGAGAAACGGGCCCCAGGUGUGGUGGGUUGAAUGUAAUUAAUUUCUUAAGGAGGGGGUUACUGCGAAAGGAAAAGUCUCCAGAGCUAGGCAUCCCUGAUAAUAUACAAUUUCAAAGAACAGGAUAUUUGACUUCAGACACUGAGACAGAGCUUGUGUUUAUAAAGAAAAAACUUUGAAUAAAAAACUAUGCAUCAUUCUUAAUUAAUUGUGAGUGAGCUGAUGUCAGGUUUAUUAGCAGUUAGUAUGUCAGUAGCUGUUUUCAUACAUGUUUGCUCAAAGAAUUAUUAGGAUUUAUAUUAUUAUACUCAUUGACAAAUUUUGCCAUAGACUUCACUGGCUCAGUAGAUCAAGAGGAUGACAGACAGAGAACCAAACACAGUUGACAAGUAAUUGAAGGUGAUAUAAAUCGAACUGCCUCAGAAGGAUCAUACGUUGUUUGAUCAAGUGAGCUCUUACACUGGAACUGCUACACUUAUCGCUUCAGAAAAGGCAUUAAUCCUCAUUAAUUUUGAAGAAAUGAGGAAAGGUCUUAAAAGGUAGUAAAGUAAGAUGCAAUUAAGAAAUGGUACUGAUAGAAGCAAAGUUGGUGAUCAGUGAAUUCAAAAAAAAGUAAAAUCAU